AUGAGUUCACCGCAGGUAUCGAGCACAAAGUUAUUGGAGGAAUUGCUGGAGAAUAAAGCUUUCCAGCCAGACAGUCAUAAAGCUCUCGAGAGCGAGACAGAAAACCAACUUCAAGACUGUCUCAAUGCAUUUCUGAAGGGUGACUGCAAGGGGUGUUUGGAAAAAAUGUUCCAAGCAGGGCUGUUACGUGGGGAAUAUUUGGAAAAUGACCCAAAGCUUUGGAAGCUAUAUCUGAGCGCGUGCUCUCAGAUCAAGUUUGAUGUAUUGGAGGUUAGCCUGUCCAAGGUUGGUCGGUCAAAUUUUUCCAAGGCAGAUGUCUCUCGCGCUCAAAGAAUUCUCGCACAGGAGCCAUUGUGCGAGCAGAUGGCCGGGGUGCUAAUGUAUUUAACUUGCUGCUACAAAUGCGCGCGAGCAGACAACUCAAUGGAAGCAAUGAAAAAUCUCGAAAUGGCCUCUGGGGAUUACAUUCGCAAGUGCAGCGAAUGCAGUGAACAUUCUGGGGAUACGAGGGAGGCUAAUCAGGUGCUGGAGCUAGUUUGGUUCUACAUGUUUUCUCUGCAAGGCGGUAGAUCCCAUAAAAGGAUGUCAAGGAUACUGUACGAACAGCUAUGCAAGUCCGCGCCCGCGGUACCGCGCGUGCUGCAGGCGCCAUCCAAAACAAAUCCCGCUGUCACCUUAGAAAACCAAUUAAUCUCCAGAAUAGAGGCAUUGGCCCCCGAGAAGCCCAACAUAGUCCAGCCUCUUCAACAGCGCAAGCUUAAGCCUACAAACUCUCACCCGUUUUCCUCUGACCGGACCUCUGAGGCCAUUCCCGUGCUGGCGCCAGUCCCUACAAUAAUAAAGCCAGAUAAGGCGGCGUCCAUCAACACAUCCAAGUUCAAAGCACUUAUUACAAGGCUACAGCCUUUUCUCAACUCCAAAUCCAUUCCUGUCCUGGUUUUCGUUCUUCUUCUGUCUCUCAAAAAGGCUCAAAAAGUUGCCGGUCUCCCGAACAAGCUGGCCCAUAUUUUGAACGUCAUCUUGAGGCGUCUUGGGGGUAUCAUCAACAUCAUUCUAAGCAUCUAA